AUGACUGAUACAUGGAGUAUUUCUUGUGGGAAUCCAGGUAAACCAAACAAAUCAAUUAGACAAGUGGUAAUUUGGGUGGAAUCUAAGCAUAAGAAGCGGAAGUUUUUUGAGAUAAUUAAGAGUAAGCAGUACUUCAAACCUCCUGUUGUUGUAUUUGUGAGUCCCAGAGUUGGUGAUCUCUUGUCUGAAGCAAUUACUGCUGCUACUGGGUUGGAGUAA